CGUUUACUUCCUGUCUUCCGGUUCCUGCAGCCUGAACACACUCAUGUUUGGACUCUGGGCUCAGACUUUAACCAGGAUUUUGUCUCGGGAUUCAGGUUUAUUUAAGCGCGUUGUAUUGAACUGCAGCUGCUGUGAGCCGCUACUGCCACCAGGAGGCACUGCCAGAGCAUUCAACACAAACACGCCGAUGCCUCAGAAACAGAAAAGGGUGAAAGGUCAACAAGCCGGUGCAACAGCAGCAGAACCUGAAUCCACUGGACCAGUUUCACUGGACAGGAGUGGAUCUGUCAGCAUCGUGGUCCGCGCAAAACCUGGGUCCAAACACAGCGGCAUCACAGACGUAUCCACAGAGGCGGUGGGCGUGUCCAUCGCAGCCCCGCCCACUGACGGAGAAGCCAACGCUGAGCUCAUCCGGUUCUUGGCUUCAGUUCUGGAUGUGAAGAAGAGCCAGGUCUCUCUGGACAAGGGUUCCAGGUCCAGAGACAAAAUACUGACAGUGGACUCGUCCUUGAGUCCAGAGGAGGUUCUGAGGAGACUGAGACAGUCUACAGACUGAUGGACAACAGGAGGACAGAGACCUGGUCACUCAUCAACAACCUUUGCUCUGAGGAAACAUUAGGUGCUCCCCCUGAUGGAGAUCAGAGAGACCUUUAAUUUACCCCUCUGUUCUUAGAGGACUUUAAUGAUGUUUUGAUCCGUGUUUCAUAAAAAUCUAUUGUUUUUAUUUAAACAUUUUCAGGUGUAAAUCUGAGACAUGAUGUGGAAUCAAUAAAGUUUCAUCUAAUCUGUUGAUUAAUCCAUA